CCUUCUUUACCGACAGUAGCCUGUUAAUUACGACUAAAGGAACGGAGGAACCGAAAUUAGAAUCUACCGAAUUGACACGUAAACACAGCGGUUGCCUGUGCCUUUUUCGCGAAAACAUGGACGAUCAGUUGCUGGAACCUUCACUGUAUACCGUCAAGGGUAUGGUGAUACUGGAUAAUGAUGGCAACAGAAUACUGGCAAAGUAUUACGACAAGAAUGUAUUUCCAACUUCGAAGGAGCAGAAAGCUUUUGAGAAAAAUCUAUUCAACAAGACUCACAGAGCUAACACAGAAAUUAUCAUGCUCGACGGUCUGACCUGUGUCUAUAAGAGCAAUGUCGAUCUGUUCUUCUAUGUAAUGGGCAGCUCUCGUGAAAACGAGCUAAUUCUUAUGAGCGUACUGAAUUGCUUGUAUGAUUCCAUAAGUCAAAUUCUAAGGAAAAACGUUGAAAAGAGAGCAGUGCUUGAUAGUCUGGAUAUUGUGAUGCUGGCUAUGGAUGAAAUCUGCGAUGGCGGCAUUAUUUUGGAUGCCGACGCAAGUAGCGUUGUGACACGGGUAGCCCUGCGAACAGAUGACAUUCCACUUGGCGAGCAAACAGUCGCACAGGUCCUACAGUCAGCAAAAGAGCAACUUAAAUGGUCCUUAUUGAAGUAAUCUAAUUUCAUAAAAUUAAUGUUAAGAAAAAGUAAAAAAUUGAGCAAGUGCCGUGAGUGAAA